CCUUCUUUUAAUGAAAAAAGUGAAAUCAUAGGUGGACUCCUAUAAUGAAACCAUAAAAUUGGAGCUGUUCUAUCAAGAAUCAGAUAAAGAGUUCAAAUUAUAAAAUUUCAGUCCAACAGCAGCAGUUAUGGUGGGAAUUUGAUAGACAUGCAAAUUCUCAGGUCCCACUCCAGAUAUACUGAAUCUGAAACUUUGUGAGUGAAGCUUUCCAGGUAAUUCUAAUGCAUGCUCAAGUUUGAGAAUCACUAGAAUGUAUACAAAUAGGCAAAACUAAUUUAAGCUGUCAGAAGUUAGGGUAGAGCUGGGACUGUAGCUAACUGGUAGAGCACUUGCCUAGUACACACAAAGCUCUGCGUUCAAUCCCCAACACCAACCACCAAAAAAAAAAAAAAAAAAAAGAGAAGAAGAAAAAAUAUGACAGGCCAGGAGUACUGUACUUGUAAUAUAUAACACUCCCGAAGUUAUUGAUCUGUCCCAAUAGAGGCUCACAGAGGGAUAGGGACCUGCCCUGCAACCUGGUCUCCUUACUGCCAGGUGGGGCCUCUGGGCCCUAUUCCUUGGCUGAUGGGCUAGUGCUGUGAAUGAGGAUGGGGCAGCUUGUCAACCUCCUCCCCCUCUCAACUUCUGGUCUUGGGUCUUGGGAAGAGAGCCAAGACUGGGGUGAAUGAUGCUUUUCUUAUCCUGGAGCAACUUCCUUUCUGGGAACUGGGAGUCUCCUUCUGGGCAAAGACAAUAAAUUUCAUCUAAAGAACUAGAAAAGCAGGGUUCCUCCUACCCCCACCGGAUGGGCAUCACGUGGCUCCUGGUUAGGAUUCCAGGAAAAUUCCAGUCCUUGCACACUUAGCUUCACACACCCAUAUGCUCACCCAACCUGGCACACUCAGACUCUCUAUCCCCACCUUGAACAUUCACCAUCACCCACUCUCUGGCACACUCUUUUUACUCUCAGCUUCUACCACCUCUCCCCGAACCAUAUUGCAGGCCUUUCCCUCACCCCAGAGUAGCAGCCCUGCCUUGUCACUCACUGCAAACCCACCAUGUCCCUGGGGCCACCGAAAUUCCAGGCAGUGGAUGAGGAGGAUGAGGAAGAGGAGGAGGAGAGCCUGGACUCUGUGAAGGCACUGACAGCCAAGCUGCAGCUACAGACUCGGCGACCCUCAUAUCUGGAGUGGACCGCUAGGGUCCAGAGCCAGGCCUGGCACAGGGCCCAAGCCAAACCUGGGGCCGGUGGACCUGGAGCCAUCUGCGGCUUUGACUCAAUGGACUCUGCGCUUGAGUGGCUCCGGCAGGAGCUGCGGGAAAUGCAGGCUCAGGACCGGCAGCUGGCUGGGCAGCUAUUGAGGCUGCGGGCCCAGCUGCACCGGCUGAAGGUGGACCAAGCUUGUCACCAGCACCAGGAACUGCUGGACGAGGCCGAGCUGGAGCUGGAGCUGGAGCCCGGGGCCGGCCUGGCCCUAGCCCCGUCGCUAAGGCACUUGGGCCUCACGCGUAUGAACAUCAGCACCCGGCGCUUCACCCUCUGCUGAGAGCGACCUGGGAAGACAGAUGGGAGGGGUAUCCCAGAGGGCCAGCACCUGUGUGGUGGGGGCACAUUCAGGUCUCUUAGACCCCACCCUAAUCUCCUCAAUAAAGCCCUCUGCCUCCCA